AUGGGUCUGGGUGGGGGCCUGGAGGAGGAGGGAGGGGUGUUUAAUCGGCAGGAUGCUGCCUUUGCCGGGCGCCAGAGCCCCAGCACCUGCCGGGUUUCAGCCAGGGGCUUAUUAACAGAGUUUCUGGGGGCCGUUCCAGUGGAGCAGCACAAGGAGGAAGUGCCUGCAGUGUCUGAUGAUGUGAAAGCCGAGGCCAUGGAGAGCCUGACGGGGCUGGUUCGCAACAGAAGGAAUGUCCCCGUCUUGGCUGUGCCCCAGUUCAAACGCAUGCCGGACUUCUGGGGGUGGUACAAGUACUUCAUGGACAGCCACAACCAGGAGGGAAUCGAGGAUCUGGAUCGUCUGUACAUGGCCUACCUGCAGAACAAGCACAGGUCAGAGGAGGGCCCAACCUUCAACCACUACCUCAAGCACCUCAGUGAAAUCUACAAGACCUGUGCUGAUUCCGAUGAUCCAGAGUGCAUCGCAGAGUCCACCAGCAAGCCAAAGGCUGCAGUGGUGAUGCCCGCCCCCAUCAAGUCUGCUGCCGUCAGGCUGUGCAACCCUUACCUCGACCCCUACUGCCUCUUCCCCCUUGUCCCCAAGGCUGCUGCCCCAGAGCCUGAGCCAGCUCCAGCUCCUGCCAAGGUGCCGGCCCCAAUCCUCACCCCCAUGCUGCCCAUGCCCAUGAAGAGCCCCACUGGCUUCUACUACUACGCCCCUGUCCUGGAGCCCUUCCUGAGUGCCGAGCAGAGGACUGAGCUGUUGAGGAUCUGCAACCCUGAAGAUGUGGAUUGUCUGCAGUAUCACCUGAGGGCAGCUUAUGGCUACCGCCCAGCUCCUGGCCCCGCUCCAUCCUACGCCGCCCUCAAGUGUGACCCCAAGGACCCCUACUGCAUGCCCCCCCUGGUCCAAAAAGCCCCCACUGGCUACUACCACCUGCUCUACCCGAGCUGUGACCCAGCUGUCGAUCCUCUGUGUGUGACCAAUGUCCCUGCUCCUGCUCCCGUCGCUGCAGAGGAGGCCCCUAAAGAGCAACACUGCAACCCUCUCUUUGACGCUGGCUGCAACCCCCUGACUGCCACCAAGCUGUCCGGCCUCACCAAGCCUGUGCUGGAGUACGCCCCCAAGAUGGAGCCUGCACCUCCUCCUGCUCCUCUGACCUGCGACCCUCGCUAUAACCCUUUCUGCAUACUGGUGGCUGCUGCUGCCCAGCGCAAGCCCGCUCCGAGCCUGCCCGAGCACCAGGUCCGCUACAAGCUCGGCGUCCGCGGCAAGACCAAGGAAGGCUACGACUGCUAUGUGCACUAUGACAAAGACUGCACCCCAGUGCAGUCUGGCCCAGAGGCCAAGGCCGACAUCAAGGCUCCAGCCAAGCCCUUCUGCCAUCCAUUCGACCCCAACUGCGGCAAGUUUGCUUCACCCGCCGGCGCUGAGGCACCAAAGCCAGGGAAGGAUGGCAUAAUCCUGCCCGACCCAGACUGUGACCCUGAGUACGACUACAACUGCCGCCUGCGUCGCGCCGAGACCGCCCCUGUUGCUGAUGCGCCUGCCGCUGCUGAGGAGAAAGCUGCUGAUGAGCCCCCCAAAGAGGCUGCUGUCCCACGCUUUGAAGACUUCCUCAAAAGCGUCAUGAGCCAGUACAAGUAG